GAGGCCCAGACUUUAUUUGCAUUGGUCUUCUCUAUGGCAAGAGGCAUUCACGAGAUUUAUCUGAGCCCGUUUUACAGUUUACGAGCUCAGUUGUGGUAGUGGGCGUGACUUCCUAGUAAUAAUUUGUCGACCAUCCUGGCCAAAAAUCUCAAGUGACGCCCAGAUGAACGAUGAGCUACGUAACUUUGGCUGGUUGACUCGUUGAAUCCCACUUGUUUGUGCACGAUUUGUGGCGAAUCACUCCCGAUCUCAAGAACAUGUGUCAUGUCAGAGCUCAUUUUGAUUUGCUGUAAUUCUGCCCUUUUGACAUUGAACAAGCCCGAUAUGUGCAUGUGUGUAACGAGAGCACUAGUCUACUUACAAGGCACAUUGAUUUUCAUCACUUGAAUUGACCAUGUUGAUGCUUUGAAGCAGCAGUGAAAGGGUUGUUCCAAGUACGACGAAACAUGGAUCGAUGGAAACGAAGCUCUCUGGCUAUCGAGGGCAAUCGAGCCUCCCAAUAUCUGAACAAGAUCUUGUUCGGAGUGACGUCGAUGAAUAACAAUCACUCGCAUAAGCCUAAAACUGGCUUGGGUGGAGCUUGGGAGCUCUCCGAGAGUUUCAUCAAGGCCGACCUUCCCUCGUCACCUUCAACUCCUGUGCGCAGGAGAAUCCAUACCCCCAUUAAAGGCUGUCAAGAAAGGACCCGCAUCACGAGGCCCGUGUCCAUAAAUGGACCUAUCCUCAUUGACUACACGGAAAUCAGGCAAGAUGAGUCUCAAGGCUCCUCACUGGUCUCCAAUAAGUCUAAACUGGAGGCUUCUCCCAUCCCAACCUUGUCACCUCGGAUCAUGACCAGACGAUCCGAUUUGGCCCCCAAAUCCACAACCGGAUCGGGUCGUCCGGAAAUUCGAUAUCAGUCUCCAGCAUCCAAUGUCAGUCCGAACACCUUGAAGGUGUACAUGGCUGAUAGAACACAUCACAGCGUCAAAUAUUGCGAGAGCACCAAUGUGAAGGAAAUUAUUCAUGUUCUCACCAGUCGCUUGUGUAAAGGCCAGGGACAGUUUGAGCAUCUGUACGCCAUUCGGAUGGUCAAUCCGCAGACCGAGGAAAUCCGAUGGAUCCAUCAAGACACGCCCAUGCAUGAGGUCCAAGGGAUGACCGCUGACGAGGGUGGGUUGGUCAAUUGGCGAUUCGAGCUGCUCAUCCGAUACUUGCCCAGCGAUCUCUCGGAUCUGUAUGAAAAGGACAAGACCUCUUUCCAUUACUACUACGACCAAGUCAAAGCCGAGUAUCUGUCCAAGAAGCACGAUUCCCUGGAUUUGGACACGGCCAUUCAACUGGGUUGCUUGGAGAUUCGGAAAUUCUUCAAUUACAUGCCACAUGUGGCGUUGGACAAGAAGUCCAAUUUCGACCACCUUGAGAGAGAAAAUGGCCUCUCGCGAUUUCUGCCCCAGAGCAUCCUGGCCAAUAACAAGCCCAAAGCCAUUCGCAAACUCAUCUACCAACAUUUCAAGAAGUUCGAUGGACUGGCCGAGCGUGAAUGCAUGUUCAAAUUCCUGGAUCUUCUCAAGCCCGUCUAUAAAUUUGACCAAGAACAAUUUCGAUGCGCCUUAGGGGCCGGAUGGUCGAUUCCCGUGGAUAUCGUUAUCGGACCUCAUCUUGGGAUCUCCUACAUGACGGAAAGAGCCAAUCCCACCCACCACAUGGCUGACUUCAACCACAUCCAAUCCAUCCAGACCCUUUUGAACGAUGGCAAGGCCAACCUCCAAUUUCGUGUGGCGGGAUCCAAUGAUCUUCUCACCUUCACUUGUCCAACUUUGGCGGAUGCCGAGAAUAUGGCGGAUCUCGUGGACGGCUAUUGUCGACUUGUCAACGAUUCUAAGACCUCCAUUUGGAACCGAAAAGUCUGGGUUGUGACGCAUCAAGAGCAUUUUUCUUCCGCUAACGCUUCAUUAACCUCGCUCUAUGAAUCUCACAAGUUCGCUUGUUCUUCGCCAACAAAGGCUCAUUCUCAGCCUCCACAGUCUUUAAUGAUUGCCACAGAUUCCUCCAAUUAUAUUCAAGUUCGGCCCAGCGCCUUUUGCUUUGAAGAUGAAAACAACACGUUGCCAUCGUCUGGCAAUGGAGGAGGUGGGCGAUUGGCCUCACGAUCCAACAGUCCUGGAAUUUCCGGACGUACCAUUCUGACCGAGGACUACGCCGAGAUUGUCGACGAGGAAGGCGACUAUUCGAGUCCAACGCGAGAUUUCGAGCUGGAUCGAUCACGGGUGGAGUUGUUGGAUACCAUUGGCGAGGGCCAAUUCGGGGAUGUGCACAAAGGCAGCUAUUUGCAGAUGGAUAGCUCUCGCAUUCCGAUCGCUGUGAAGACGUGCAAAGUGGAGGGCGACCAAGUCAUGAUGGACAAGUUUUGGCAAGAGGCUUGCAUUAUGAAGCAAUUCGACCACCCUCAUAUCAUCAAGUUCUAUGGGAUCUGCUCGGAUUCGCCCAUUUGGAUCAUCAUGGAAUGGGCCCGAUUCGGCGAGCUCCGGGCGUAUCUUCAGAAUAAUACGAACCAACUCGAUCUCCUCACUCUCGUCACUUAUGCCUUCCAAUUGUCAACCGCCUUGUCAUAUUUGGAGUCGAAGAAUUUCGUCCAUCGAGAUAUUGCCGCGCGCAAUGUUUUAGUUUAUUCCCGAGAAUGCGUCAAAUUGGCGGACUUCGGGCUUUCCCGCGGGAUUCAGGAUAACUCCUACUACAAAGCAUCGAAAGGCAAGCUUCCCAUCAAAUGGAUGGCCCCCGAGAGCAUCAAUUUCCGCCGAUUCACCACGGCUAGCGAUGUGUGGAUGUUCGGCGUGUGUGUCUGGGAGAUCCUCAAGUUGGGUGUGAAACCAUUUCAAGGGGUGAAAAACUCGGAUGUGAUCGGGAAACUUGAGAAUGGCGAACGGUUACCCAUGCCCACGGGUUGUCCACCCAAGUUGUUCGCUAUCAUGGCUCAAUGUUGGGUUUACGAGCCGGAGAAGAGGCCCACUUUUCAGACGCUGAAACAGGUUCUCAAAGACACCAUUGAAGAGGAAAAAGUCGCCAAAGAAGAGAUGGAGGAGAGAAAGAUGGGCCGAGGUUUUGACGAGUCAAGCCCUAGUUCAAGAAUGAGUCCGGGCUCGCACCGGUUCGUGGCAGGACGGCCUCCAACCCAACGAGGCGUUCCCUCUCCCUAUCCCUUAAGGCACAUCCCUCCUAGAACUUUCCCCAAUGGCUCCGUUGCCACUCAACAACAGGUAAUUAAUGCCGCUCCACUACCGUCGAUGUCUUCUUCUCCACCAAUGUCCUAUCUGGUGGCCAAGAAUCCCGAGGUUCUCUCUCGACUCAUGCGUGAGAAUCAAUCCCGACUAAUCAACCCAGCUAAUUACACCACUCCUGCUAACGCGUUCAACGUACUAACCGUGGCGUUUGACAAGGCCAAUCCGAACAUGCGACAUACGACAGCUAGCACCGGAGCAUUGAGCACGUCGUGCCCUAAUUCGGCUAACACGACUUUGGCACGGCCGCAGACGCAAUCUCCACGACCUCGACGAAGACACCCAUCCUUGACGAGUGGGAUCAAUGGUCGAACCGCAACGGGUGGUGGUCAGGUGGGCAAUUGUUCCCGUGACAUGUCAGACGACGAUACCCUUGGUCUUUCGGUGGCCGCUCUCCGUCAGAAGGAGAUGGAAGCCCGCGAGUUGGAGGAACGCCUGAGGAGGCAACACAUUCAAUCGGAAGAGGAUGCCAAGUGGCUCCAGCAAGAGGAACAAAAUCUCAAAAAGCGGCUCUCGACCACCGGAUCUUUUGGCUCCGAGCAAUCAGAUUCCUCCUCGUCCUGCGAUCCCAGUCAUCACCAUCAAUUCCUCCAUCAACCUCAACAUGUCUCUCCGGCCAACCACUCAUCAUCAAGUAAGAAUGGUCUGGGGAAGCCGGAAAUCGGUCGUGUUUCCGGAGCGGGGAGUCUGGAGAAGGAUCGCUCUCGAAUGUCAAGUUCUUCCGGAAAUUCGACGGAAGAUCGACCUUUUGUUGUCAAGGAGAUCCGUCCCACACCCACGGCACCUUUGGACCGAACCAAUGACACCGUUUACGAAUCCACCACAGCCGUCGUUCGCGCCGUAAUGGCCCUGUCUCAAAACGUUCAGCAACGGAAGACAAGUUUAUACUUGGAUAACGUGAAACGGGUUGGUCUCGAAUUGCGACAUCUUCUAGCUGCAGUCGACCAUUUGGUCCCUGCAUUUCCGACGCCUUCACAUAAAAAGGUGGAAAUGGCUCACAAGGUCCUUUCGACAGACAUGAGCGAGUUGGUGAAUGCCAUGAAGCUGGUGGAGAAGUAUUGCGACACCACCGUUGAAGCAGAGUAUCGAAAGGGCAUGCUCUCGGCAGCUCAUGUGUUAGCCAUGAAUGCCAAGAAUCUCUUGGAUGUGGUGGACUCCAUCCGGAUCGAGUUUCCUAUCGUGAACGACCACAUUCUUCGAGGUGGCUCGGUGGCAGCCUCCAGUUCGAGUCCGGAGUCUUCGAAUGUCAGUUCAGCGGCUUCAAGCCUCGAAAAGAGGAGUGGUGGAGGCGGAGGUCAUGGCCAAGGUUAAUUCGGCUCAACGACCGACCUUCAAGGUUCAAUCUCGCGACAGGCUGUGACAUUUUUCUGCACUUUGC